AUGGAGAGUAAUCUUUCUGCCGCCCGAGCAUCCCGUCGUUUCCUCGACGAGCGCAUUCGCAACGACUGGGAUUACCCGGAUCCGGCGGUUGAGUGGUCAGCGUCUGACGAGCAAGUACGCGAUGCCGUUGAUUUCCGCGAACGAUACUAUGGCGAGUCUGAGUCUGGGGACUCGGACAACGAGGACCAAGAUGGCGCGCCAUACAAGUUUGAUAACCCGGAGAGCAUCGGUGACGCGGUUGCACAUACCCGCGAGGCGCGCAAGAGACGGCGUAGGGAGCGCAUGGAGCGUGAGAUGAAGGAAAACGAAGGCUUGCGUAUCUGGGUAGAGCGAAGAGACGUAUGGACAGGCGCAGCGAGCGUCAAGAAAUACGGCACAGGUCGGCAGAGAAAUCGACCGUCAUCUGCAGCAGGCUAUUCGUCUGAAGAACCUACUACAACUCCAGCAGGUUCCGAAUCGCAGUCUGCCACGAGCGCAGCAGCACCAGAAACGUAUGACCUCGUACCUGUUGCACCCCGCCUCCUCGACCAGAACCCCAUCCGCGCUUCCAUUACCCCGUCAGCGUAUUCCGACAUUUACCAGAAAAUCGUCGUCUCAUCUCGCACCCCCUCUGUCCCCAUCAACCUCGCAGACAUGACAAAGGCGUUGGUCCAGGGCUGGAAAGACGCCGACGAAUGGCCUCCGCGCGUUGCAGCAGUAGAUCCUCUUGCCGGCAAGAAGCGCGUCAUUACUGGUCCUCCAUCCAACGGAAACCAUGGCGGCUUUAUUGCGAGGCAUCCGCACCUGGAAAAGGGGGUCGAUGGCAUGAAGCGGAUUUUACAUCUUAAUGUACAACACAAUCAUGAAAACGAUCAUGCGCAAGGGGGGAAAGACGGGUGA